UCUCCACACGCCACCACACUCCCACCACACGCCAAUGCGAGAUAAUCACUUGUUCUUAUUCAUCACACAUCCUACUCGCAUGACUAGGUGCAUGAGUCACCAUCUACGUUGCACGCCGACGUCAGCUCCUCCGCCAAGCAUGCAACAUUCCCAAACCCCAAUCUUUUCAUCCCCAAUUUAUUGCCUCAAUUUAACCCCUUUUUCCAGAACCCUAACACCUUCCUCCAGCUCCAACAGCUGUUUCAGAACUUGAAUCUCCCUGUUCAACUGAAUCACGAACAUACUGCUUUUCAAGCGCCGUAUCAGAAUGAAUAUAAUAACAAUGACAGCAACAAUAGCUUCCCGCAACAGCACGUUAAGGUUGAAAAUGAGAUGGCUGAGAAAGUUGAUCAGGCGGCGAAGAGCGCUUGGAAGGACCUUUUGAAGUCGAAAGAGAAUGUUUCGGCGUGGAGAGUUUCGCAGGCAGCCUUGUUGGCGGUGAAUGCUGGUUCCUGGGAAAGUUUGGGGUUUCCGAUGCAGGAAGGGCCUUCGCUGAAGAGCAUCAUGGUUACAGAAGAGAAGGAAAACAUUUUAUACUGCCGUCAGGAAUCAGAUUCACUCUCAAUAUUUCUGGAGUUAUCUUGUUUAUUAUUUGAUGGAACUCCUGAAUUGCACUUUGCAAAUUUCCUUCAAAUGAUCAAGACCAUGGCUGAAUCGGGUGCAACAGAGGAGCAAAUAGAAUCGUUCAUUAUGAAUAUCCAGAAGGUGCCAAAGCUCCCUGAUGAGGAGGAAUCCAUCUGGUCUCUUCAAUCUGCCUCAUCAUUGGUGGAAAAUUAUGCUGCACCCAUAGCUUCUGGCUCUGGGAAGGUUGAGGGUUUGAGCAAUUUACAAUCCAAAUGCAAACCAAAUGAAUUUAAAGUUGAUGUUAAUUCAACAGCUCCUGGAGCAGUUUUAGUUGGGGUAGAGGUUCCAGAACUCCAGCCUAAUCUUCUGAGUAACUUGGAGGCAUCCAACCUGAACGUAGUUGCGGAUUCUCUUGAUCUCGAUUCCUCUGAUACCACAGAUGUUCGCCCCCCCAGUUUUUAGUGAGAAGGAUCCGGCACUUGAGCAGGCAUUGCUCACAGGGAGAUUAGGGGAGCAUGUGGCUUUCAAAUAUUUCAUGGAGGGAGAAAUUGGUGACCGUUCUGUGAAAUGUGUGAACGAAACUAAUGAAACUGGACUGCCUUACGAUAUUUUACUGGAGGGUGAUCACAACACUACUGAAUAUAUUGAAGUAAAAGCAACCAGAUAUGGUAGCAAGAAUUGGUUUCUCAUAUCUAUUAGAGAGUGGCAAUUUGCCAUUGAGAAAGGUGAAUCUUUCAGCAUUGCACAUGUAGACGGUGUACAAAAACCCAGCCAGAUUGUGUCAGCUGGGUAAUCUGAGGUUGGCAGUUGUGGUUCCAAAGCAGUACAAAUGUUCGUAGGGGUGUCCAAACGGGUGGUAGGUACUAUCAGGUAAUUCCAACCUGAUAUGUGAUGCGGUUGGCAGUUUUGGUUCCAAAA